GUGGGCGGCGACUACUACGACUACGUGAACCUCCCCGGCGGCCGCUUCGCGGUGGUGCUGGGCGACGUCGCCGGCAAGGGCGUCGCCGCGGCAAUCGUCAUGGCGAAGCUCUCCAGCGACGUGCGGUUCGCCCUGGCGACCGAGCCUGACCUCGCCAGCGCCGUGAAGUACGUCAACCGGGCGUUCUGCGCGCAGGGCCUCGAAGACCGUUUCGUGACGAUGAUCUACACCGUCGUCGAUCCCGCCACUAAUGAAGUCACGCUCGUCAACGCGGGCCACAUGGCGCCUUAUCUGCGCCGGGUGAGCGGCGAGGUCCUCGACGUCCACGAAGAGAUCACCGGCCUGCCGAUCGGCGUGAUGGACGACUACGACUACGAGCUGGCGAAGAUCACGCUCGAGCCGGGCGAGUCGCUCACGCUCUUCACCGACGGCUUCAACGAGGCCAUGAACGCCACGCGCGACCUCUACGGCCUCGAGCGUAUCGCCGCGCAGGUAAGGCUCCCGGCAAAGACGAUCGCGGACCUCGGCAACAACGUGAUCACCGAUGUCCGCAAGUUCGUCAACGGCUUCGACCAGUCGGACGACAUGUGUCUGUGCGUCUUCGGGCGCGACGCGGAUUAG